GUCAAAAUGGCGGCCGCGCCCUCUGUAGAGCAGGGCUAUCAGCUGGUUCCGCCAGUAUCUCUUCCUCUGCUCCAAUAUGGUGGACGAGGCUACUCGCCGGGUGGUGUCUGAGAUUCCCCUGCUGAAGACGGGGGCGAGUCCCAGGGAUAAGGAGCUGUGGGUGCAGCGGCUGAAGGAGGAGUACCAGGCCCUCAUUAAGGUGGGGACACUUUGCUGUCACUCAGAGGAUCAACUCCUACAGCUGGGUAGCUGCUUGGGAUGGAUGCUGGGGUGUAUGUUGGGGUGUAUGGGGUUCAGGAGAGCAUCACGUGGUAUAUGAGGGCACACUGACACAGAAUGUGGCUCUGGAGAGUGUUCACAAUUCAAGCUGUGUGAAAAUAUCUGCUGCUGACGUGUCACCUACUGCUGAUGAUGUCAUCAGUGUCACCUGUACAUCUGUCAACAUUGGUGGCUAGUCUCUGCCCACCUAGUCUGCCCCUGUGCCAGCCCUCCAACCUGUGCUGUACCCAGGGCUGGUGCAAGGAUUUUUGCAGCGCUAGGCAAAAAAAAAUUUCAGCCCCAUUUGCUACACUGACCCAUGCAGGCUGACGCGCACCCACUGACCCGCACGCAGACUGAGGCGCACCCACUGACCCGCACGCAGACUGAGGCGUAUGCACUGACCCACACGCACUGACCCCCUUCAUACAAAUAGUACAAACAGCCCACAAACACAACAUCCCUGACAAUCCACAUACACACACACACACACACAACCCCAGAAGCAGCCCCACACAUUAACACACAAUAUGAUAAAUCAUUAAAAUACACAAUUCCACAAGCAACCCCUAUGCACAGCCAAUAUUCGUAGGUUUCAUACACCAUACCUCAAACAUAUACAUUAUAACAGCCCACAUACUCACAAAUACAACAUUACAAAACAACUGCAGCACCCAUAAAUAACACAAUCACAAUACAGCAACAUAUACACCACAAUAAAAAAAAAAAAUAGAACCUGCACACCAAGCGAUUUCAAGAUCUUGUUUUGGCACAGUACUACUAAAAGCUUGCCCUCCGCUGCCCUAGUGCCAGCCCUCUAAUCUGUGCUGCUUGUCCUAGUGCCAGCCCUCUAAUCUGUGCUGUGUGCCCUAGUGCCAAGGUAACGUGCCAUCCCUCUAAUCUGUGCUGUGUGCCCUAGUGCCAGGGUAACAUGUGCCAUCCCUCUAAUCUGUGCUGUACCUGCCCUAGUGCCAGGGUAACAUGUGUCAUCCCUCUUAUCUGUGCUGUACCUGCCCUAGUACCAGGGUAACAUGUGCCAUCCCUCUAACCUGUGCUGUACCUACCCUAGUGCCAGGGUAAAAUGUGCCAUCCCUCUAACCUGUGCUGUCUGCCCUAGUGCCAAGGUAACAAGUGCCAGCCCUUUAAUCUGUGCUGUCUGCCCUAGUGCCAAGGUAACAUUUGCCAGCCCUCUAAUUCGUGCUGUACCUGCCCUAGUGAUAGGGUUCUGUGCCAACUCUCUAAUCUGUGCUGUCUUCCCUAGUGCUAGGGUUCUGUGCCAACUCUCCAAUCUGUGCUGUCUGCCCUAGUGCCAGGGUAACGUGCCAUCCCUCUAAUCUGUGCUGCCUGUCCUAGUGCCAGGGUUCUGUGCAAGCCCUCUAAUUUGUGCUGUACUUGCCCUAGUGCCAGGGUUCUGUGCCAACACUUUAAUCUGUGCUGUCUGCCCUAGUGCCAGGGUAACAUGCCAGCCCUCUAAUCUGUGCUGUACCUGCUCUAGUGCCAAGGUUAUGUGCAAGCCAUCUAACCUGUGCUGUACCUGCCCUAGUGUAACGGACCGUUUUGCACACAAGAGGUUAAAAACCGUUUAGACUAUGUUUCCCUUUCCAGAUGCACCGACAGCUACUGUAAGCACCAAUCUCCCGAACUGCAAACUACACAAAUACUGGAAACAGCCUAACAGGAAAAGCCUACAAUCCGCUUACACUUCUGUCAAUCAGCAUACAAUCCAAUUCCCCCAAUAACGAGACGACACUUCGUUUUGAGGUCAAGCAGAACUGGUUUACUGCCCGUCUUUUAUGCAGGUCUCCCACCUGGUGGACACUCCCCUAGGGGACCAGAUGGGAAACUGGGAAACAUAUUGGACAUUAACCAAUCACAAGCUUACAAUCCCACAAUGCAUCAAAAUCCCUCCUCUCUGUCCUGGAGAUAAUUCGGAAGUAAUACAAUUAUCUCCAAGGACAGAGGCAAAACUCCAUUAACCACAUGGUUACAAUAAAACACUAAAAUACAAUAAAAUACAUAAUGUUACAUUUGGCACAUAAAAUAUAGCUUAGAUCUGAGCGCACAUUACUACCGAAUGGCGCUCAGAUCACAUACAUACAGUUCAAUCGCCAUGGAGCCAAAGUUUUUCCCAUAGUCUUUCGUUACACGAAUAGGCUCCGUGGCAUGGCUAUCUGGGGUGAUGCUGUUCAUACGGUCAAACUACCGAAUGAACAGUGAUUUGGUUCCACUACCGAAUGCAGAGGUAAGGAGGCUGGCGGCUCAGCGGUGUUCGCGCAAAUAAGUGUCUGUUUUCAGUUCAAUAGUUUGGGCGCUGAACACCGCUGGCCGUUCGGGAGUUAAAAUGGCCGCUGCCACGUGUUUGGCAAACGAACAAAGGCUACCCAGCGUUCAUCAAUUAAGCUGCGGUUAACCGCAGCUUCUGGGUGGUCAAUUGACGGCACACUCCAGUUCCCAGGUGGUCCAUCGUUCGUUAAUUUGUUCGGUAGUUUGAUGUAACAUUAUGUAUUUUGAACACCCCGGCAGAAUGGCACGACUGUCUCCCCUUUCAAUAUUUUGUCCUGCUGCUGGGGUGCGAAACCGACGGUCUCUGCUCCCUGCAGGACACUCUGCCGCUGGGGAGGAAGAACGGUACCUUCAGCUCCCUGUAACACACACUGCCGUUGGGGAGGAAGGACGGCACCUUCAGCUCCCAGUAACACACACUGCCGCUGGGGAGGAAGGACGGCACCUUCCGCUCCCUGUAACACACCCUGCCGCUGGUGAGGAAGGACGGCACCUUCGGCUCCCUGUAACUCGCUCUGCCGAUGGGGAGGAAGGACGGCACCUUCUGCUCCCUGGUGGUCCAUCUUUCGUUACUUUGUUAGGUAGAUUGAAUCUACCGAACACCCUGGCAGAAAGGCACGAAUAAACCUUUCAGCAGGGAAGAUAACCGGUUUUAACUGCAGGGCCAUAGUCUAAAGGGAGCAGUCGAGCAACCAGGCUUCUCCAGUGCACAGUGGCGAGGUUGGUUCCGCCACACCUAGUGCCAAGGUAACAUGUGCCAGUACUCUAAUCUUUGCUGUACCUGCCCUAGUGCCAGGGUAACAUGCCAGCCCUCUAAUCUGUGCUGUGCCUACCUUAGUGCCAGGGGAAUAUGUGCCAGCUGUAGCGAAACCGACCUCGCCACUGGGCAUUGGGGAAGACUGAUUGCCAGCCUCCUGCCAUGUGACUAUGGCCCCUGGGAUGUAUUGCACUUUAAAGACAUUAUUUGGGCCUAUUGGAUUUUUAAACACUUUUUCUGCCCCUUUGAAUACAUGAGAUGGUGUGCCCCCCCCCCCCACCCGUUUCCUGUCGAUUGUUCUCCAGCAGGGCGUUGUCCCAGGGACACUGCCAGACCAGUUGGAACUUGUUGCUAUGGUUUAACCCCAUGGUGAUUUGACUGUGUUUGUGGCAUCUGAGUGCUGUUCGGAUAUAGUGAGCACUCAGAUCCAAGCUAUCUGGGGAUAGGUUGAAUGUGAGGGUUCUGUUAAGUAUGAUAGGAAUUAUAUAUUUUUAUGUGUUUUUACUGUUGUUGUGAAUAGAGCUAUUUUCUGUAUGCUGGAGGUAAUUGGCUUACCACACCCAAGCCAUACUUGCAGGUGGUCACAAAGGGAUUUCCAACUAACUUUGGACCCACUGGACCAAUUUGUAUGAUUUUGACAUAUGUUUGUAUUUGGAGUAUGCUGAUUCUGAAAAUGCAAGUGAAUGUGAUGUAUACUUUUAUAGUUAUGAAUAUUGUGUAAAACUGUAUUUUCCUGCCUGUGAUAAUUAAGUUAGACCAUUGUGUUCAGUAAUUAUAUCACAGGCAGAGGGGAGGAUUUUGUAUGGCAGUGUCUGAGUGUAUUGUACGUAUUGAUCAGUUGUUCUACAAAACACUGUGGGCAGUACUAUGUGUGUAAAAUGUGCAUAAAAGCAGAGUGUUUGAUUAACCCCUUGCUGUGAUACUUUUUACUGUUUUAAAACACAAAUAUUUGUGUUCAGCAAAGUCUCCCGAGUACAACAGUACCCCUCAUGUACAGGUUUUAUGGUGUUUUCAAAAGUUACAGCGUCAAAUAUAAGGCUUGUGUUUCAUUUUUUUCACAUUAAACCUGCCAGAUUGGUUAUGUUGCCUUUGAGACCCUAUGGUAGCCCAAGAAUGAAAAUUACCCCUAUGAUGGCAUACCAUUUGCAAUAGUAGACCAUCCAAGGUAUUGCAAAUCGGGUAUGUCUUUUUUAGACCAUUACCCUCCCAGGAAUCUCUGAGGUGACCGGGGGCCCACGAAGUCCUCAUACCGAAUUUAGUUCCAUAGUGGUCGUGGAUAAGUACCGCUGAGGAUUAUUUGUGGGUUUUGUUCGUGUGAAUGGCCGUCAGGGAGCUAGCGUUUGGUUCCAUUCGACUGAAAGGGAAGUGCCGAACCAGGGGCAUCAAGGGAAAGCUGCUAAUGACGGUCCAAGAAGCAUCUCAUAGUUGAACGCGUGCCAAUCAUGUAUUCCACGUAACUCCAGUUGCGAUCCUUACAGGGGGCUGGCCUGGCGAAUGCUUGCACAGGGUGCUAUGUGUUCAAUCAUUUCAACCCUACUGCGCAUGUCUUGAUUUCAUCAUUGCGUUAUUGGAAUCAAAAUUCAAAUUGCUAGUAUAUUUAAAGAGCUGUUGUUGAUUGUGCCCCAUGUAGAGCUUUGAUCCAGGACCUCUUGAUUUUACAUUUAUUUCACCUGUUAUUUAAAUGUUUGUUUUUUUUUUUUUUGUUUGUUUUUAAACAGUAUGUGGAAAACAACAAGAAAGCAGACAAUGACUGGUUCAGAAUGGAGUCUAACAAGGAAGGCACAAGGUAACCCUUCAUACAGCUUCAUCAGCUGCCUGCAGUGUGUGGCUGGAUCUCUGGAAACCCAGUCACUGAAAGCGUUAGGGACUUAUCCUUUAACAUGGAAACUGUGUAUUAUUGAUAAGGAAAUAUCACAUUUUAGAUUAUAGAUAGGAUAAAUAGCAGAGUUGACAAUGUUUCCAUUUUGGUCUAAAAUCUGCAGUCACACUUUCUGAUUUAGUGGAUAAACCCCUUUGAGAUUAACCAUUGUCAAAUCUGUUCCAGCUGCAUGUGAUAUUCAAUAAAUUAUUUUCAUUUUACCGAUCUCCACCAUUACUAGUUUAUAGUAAAUGAAGAUAAAGAAGCGAAGUCCAGUCAGAAUGGUGUAAGAAUGUAGUUUGGGAGUACAGUUACUGCACAGGACUCUAAUAGAGAACAUUUCUCUUAAAGGAAAACUGUCAGUUUCUAUAGUCUUCCCUAUUUCAGUCUCUGCACCGAAGCAGGGAAGACAAUAUAGACUGAAUACAGAAUGUGUAUACCUGAAGGAUAUUGUCUGGUGCUGCAAAGGAGCUCUUUAAAGGGACACUAUAGGCACCCAGACCACUUCAGCUCGGUGAAGUGGUCUGAGUGCAGUGUCCUAGCACCCAUGUUUGGGAUUAAUACACUUUGCCUAUAUAUGCAUGAGGACAUCCAGCGUCACAGAAAUCCAUUAGGUCUCCCCCGCUAGUUGACUUCCAUGGGGAAGGAGAGAAGGCGGACCCAAGCCAGUGCCGAGGGACAUCGCCAUUGGACCCAGGUAAGUGACAGAAUGGGUUAUUAACCACUUGUGCCACACGGGGAGGGGCUUGACAGAGGGGGAAGCUACAGGACACUAUAGUUUCCCUUUAAUAUCUCCUUCGGUAGAAAGGGAGCCCUUUAUCCUCAUGGAUAAGUGGUUAUUCAGGUCUCUAUGGUUCAGGAUAUUAUCCAACGUAUCAAUGCAUGAUCCUCGGAGGAGGCGAAACAUGUGUCACAUGUUCUUAUGGCAUACAGGUUCUGGUUGCUUUGUCAGUCUGGAGGAAUAGUUCACCAAAAUCUUGGGAACCUGACUGUUUAGAGGUUCCCUUGGUUUCAGACUUCUUCCCCAUUCUGGCGAGACUCUGUUCCUCCAAUUAUUGGAGAAAUUACACAAUAAAAGGAGGUUUUACAGGCUUACUGUGUCAGAGCUUGACGGAAACACGUCGAAUUAGCUCCGUGCCGCUUUGUAAUUUUAUUUUGUUGGUUUUACUUCAUAUAUAAAAAAAAAAAAAAAAUUACUAAUCAGUUUCAUUUCAAUACUUGAUGAAUGCAACAUUAUUUUUAAAAGUAUACUUUUGAGGUGACAGUGUCCUUUAAAUCUGUAAGAAUGGAUAUUUCUCAGGUCUCUCACGCUGCCAUGGAGUUUAUGGGCAGAUCUAGAGCUGUUUUUAUUAUUUGCUUUAGUUUUUUUUUUUAGAAAAACAGCUAAAGUGCUCAGGGCCGGCGCUACCUGUUAGGCGGACUAGACGCCGGCCCCCUCAUGCUGCAGCCGCCCGAGCGCUCUGUAGAGAGCCUCAGGCGGCUGCAGCUUUGUCCGCCCGGGCGCAGCCUGAGGAGAGGGGCUGACAGGAGGGAAGCGCUCAGCGCUCCCUCCUGUCACUCCCUCACUGUAGCGUGGCCGAACCCUGUAUCAUGGUCCGCGGGUACAGGGCGCAUCUGUCUCCUGUACUUGGCCGGACUAACAGGAAGUACACACUGAGUGUUCACUUCCUUUUAGUCCGGCCGGGUACAGGAAUCAAAAGCUCCCUGUACCCGUGGACCAUGAUACAGGGCUCGGCCAUGCUACAACAGAGGUAGAGGGGGGAGGAGGGGCAGGGGAGGAGAAGAAAUUGGCAGGGGAGAAGAAAUUGGCAGGGGAGGAGAAGAAAUUGGCGGGGAGGGAGAAGAAAUUGGCGGGGAGGAGAAGAAAUUGGCUGGCAGGGGAGGAGAAGAAAUUGGCAGGGGGAGGGAGAAGAAAUUGGCAGGGGAGGGAGAAGAAAUUGGCAGGGGAGGAGAAGAAAUUGACAGGGGGAGAAGAAGAAGAAAUUGACAGGGGAGAAGAAGAAGAAAUUGGCAGGGGGGGGAGAAGAAGAAAUGGGGAGGGGGGGGAGAAGAAGAAAUGGGGAGGGGGGGAGAGAUUGACAUCCAUCACACACACACGCAAUGCACCCCUUGCACACAGAAAAACACACAAUGCAUUACACACACAGACACACAUACACAAGCAAUGCAACCGUUACACACAAUGCAUCCCUUACACACACUCAAUACACCCCUUACACACAUUCAAUGCACCCCUUACACACGCACACACUGCAUCCUGUACAUACACAGAAACACACCUUGCAGCCCUUACACAUACAAACACAGAUUCACACAAUGCAUUCCUUACACACACAUCAGGACAUCCCCUACACACUCCACCCCUGUGAACAAACUCAUUGGUGGAACAUGAAGGUGGACCCUGGGACCCAGACCUUGAGCUGUGUAAAGGGUCCCCAAGAAAUGGAGCUGCUUCCCGUUCUCCCAGAACAUUGAUUUUUGUGACCACAGAUACAAACAGCCUCCAGAGAGCCUGUUCUACACCAGACCAGUGGAGCCAGACUGCAGCCCAUCAUCAUCCUCAUCUGGUUGUAAGUAGGCAAUCUAGUAUAUUAUUCGUGGCACUAAGCUCUAAUUUACCUCACAUUAAAGAAACACUAUAGUCCCCAGAACCACUGCAGCUUAAUGUAGUUGUUCUGGUGUCUAUAGCCUGUCCCUGCAUGCCUUAUAAUGUAAACACGGCGGCACUGCAGCAUUGGCGUUAGUUAACAUGGCAGAUCAUAUGGGUGGAGCAUUGUGAUGUCACAUGGGGGGGGGGGACACAAACUUUACUUUUGCCUAGGGCCGCAAAAAUCCUUGCACCGGCCCUGAAAGUGCUAGUGUUUGGGGAGGGUUGUAGUUUUAUAUAUAUAUAUAAUUUAUUUAUUUAUUUUUUUUUUUUUUAAACCAUACACAAAUACAAGCAUGGUCUAGAAGUAAAUCAAGUUUUGACACUCACAAAGUUAGCACAUGGAACUGUAAGGAUGCACAAGUCCAAACAGCAAUGGGUUUUGGCUCCCCCUCUGUUGCAGUUCCAUAUGCUAACUGUGAGUGUAAACAAAACAUGAUGUGCUUCUAAACCACACGGAACGUGGUGUACUUUCUUGUUUCCGUAAUAAUUAUACAUUAUGGUAAAGAGUUGCAUGGAAUAAAGAUAUUCUGUAUUAAGUAAAACAGUGUUUAAACAAACAUACAGCUGUUCAGAUAUUUGCAUAUGCCAGUUAAUGAGCUUGCAUACAGUAAAAUUCCUCCUCCUUUUUUGUUUAUUCCAGGUGGUUUGGGAAGUGCUGGUACAUACAUGAUCUCCUGAAGUAUGAGUUCAAUGUUGAAUUUGAUGUGAGUCUUUAGUCCCUUUACUUAAUGAAGCAUUGGGUUAGUUUGAUCUCGGUCACUUGGUGAAUGUGAUAGCAUUCUUCUUUACUGCCAGAUUCAGUGUAUUUUCAAAUUUGUGAGGCUGGGGCAAAUUAUUACAUAAUAAAAGGAUUUUCUUUGUUUGCAGAUCCCAGUGACCUAUCCCUCCACAGCUCCAGAAAUCGCCAUUCCAGAGCUUGAUGGCAAAACAGCCAAAAUGUACAGGUACGGCUGGUGUUUGCUGGCAGGGUUUGUGAAUGUGCAGUGUCUCUAAGUUUGCAGAACGAAGACUGUUACAGCAAAAUGUUUAAACCAGUCAAAUCCAUUGUGUGCUAAUCCAUCAUUAGAUCAGAAGCACCAGUUUUAAAGCUCGUCAGAUUGUUAGCGCUAUAUACCUAAACAUUUUACUUUUUUAUUUAUUUGCUUUAGAUCCCAGUGCUUCUCAGAGGUCCCACAGCUGUCCACUUGAAUUUAUCAGUCUUCUUUAAGCUUGUUAAAGGGACAAUCCACUGCCCACCCCCCCAAAAAAAAUUAAUUCACUGCUUAUUAGAUAUACCCUCCCAAAUGAAAAACAUGCAUGCAUUAAAUUAUGCAUUUUUUUUUCAUUGGAGUAGAUUUAAAAAAUGCCUGCAAAAAUUGCAUUUCUCUUGUCUAACUUUGCCAGCCCUUCUCUUCUUCCCCAGACUUUCUGCGGAUGUCCAAUCACAGACUUCCCAAUGCAGCUCAGUGAGAUAUAUUUGCAAGGCAGGUGCUCUGGGCAAUUGCUGCCUCUUGGAUUAAGCUCCAGUGAGCUAAACAAACCAGGAAGUAAAAUAACGUAUUUUCUGCUUGAAACCAGUGGUGUUUAACAAGGUUAAUUUAUGUAUGAGCCAAAAUAUGCACUUUUGGUAAAAUGAAAAUAGACUUAAUAGACUUUUCACACAUAAAGCAUUUCAAGAUUUUUAAGAUUCUCUCAACCGUGCAAAGCUAAAACUUUUAAUCAAUCCUCUUUUACUCUUUAGGGGAGGAAAGAUCUGUCUCACAGAACAUUUCAAGCCAUUGUGGGCACGCAACGUUCCGAAAUUUGGGUUAGCACAUCUCAUGGCAUUGGGGGUGAGUAUCAAUUACAGGACAGUUUAACUCUUUAGAGAUUUGGUGGCCAAAAAGCAAAUCUUCCAACGAGCAAAGCAUUAUGGGAGAUGUUCUGCAGCAGCGGGUCUACAGUUUGACCUUUCCUGCAUUGAAGAAUAGAAGAAGCAAUUGUGUGGUACAAAAUGUAAAAACCACUUGCACCAUAAUUCUAUCUGUGGAUCAAAUUUCCUUGCAACAGUGGCAUGUGUAUAAAAGGAAAUGUAGAGCUGCAUGCUUCCCAUUUAUUAACCAUGCACUGUCAAAUUCUGUUUGCUAACUCUGAUUUAAUUAGUAGUUUGUUUUUUGUGAAACUUGACUUAUGGCUUUGACCAUGCUCGUUACAAAACCUUGCCUAUGGUGGCUUCUAAACCAUAGUGAUUUGCAAAAAUCAGUGCAGCUAUAAAGUUAACUCUUCUUUUAAACAUUUGUAGAGGAUGUUAGUGGCUCCAGACUGACUGACUGAGCUAUGUGCAGUGCUGAAAGUACACAGACACACAGAGCUUUACAACACAGCUGAACUGUCGCGUUCUGCUGCGGUGAUUCUGAAACUGCAGCCAGCCUGCUAACUGCUAAAAUCAGGAAAACCAGGCUACAUUUAGUUAUCAAAGUCAGCGGUGCACAUAGCCCUUCAAAUCCUGGGUCUGCUUCCAAGUUAAAGGAGACCCACAGGGUCUGAAAGGAUCGGUGUGAGGUCAAUCCACAUGCCCCCUCUGCCCAGUGAUCAGCACUGUGUUUUCUGAAAAAAAGGGAGGUGGACUUACUCUGCAGAAAGCUGCAAUGUUUUUUAAAAUUAGGAUUUUAACAUUUGUGCGUAACUUUGGUUGUUACAUUUGUGUUUGUAUUGCAUUCACAUCGUAAAGAGCUGCUGCAAUUGUUUUUUUAAUGUUGCAUUAGAAAUGAAGGUAUGCACACUCAGUUAUCUUUGUUUUUCAAUCUUACACAGCUGGGUCCUUGGCUGGCUGUUGAAAUUCCGGAUCUGAUCAGCAAGGGGCUUGUAGAACACAAAAACAAGUGAUGAAGCGGUUUCAAUAGAUCAUCCAGCAAGUCCGUGUGCCUCCAAAAUAAAUAGGAACUUUUAUCUUUAAAUAUAAGGCUUUGAUUCCAACAUGGGAUUGUGCCCAUCAUAUCUGGUUACCACACCGUCUGUGUCCUUGUACAAGAUGGAAAAGGGGAAUAUGCCACCAUUUUAGUUAAAGAAAUAAUACAAUUUUUUUCGUUUGGUCUGUCUGUAUUUGACAAUAUUGUUAUCAUACCAAGCAUAAUUUUAAAAAAGAAAUGACAAAACCCAAAUAAAUUGUUAUUUAAAAUUAUGGGAUAGGUGUUACAGAGGCUUUAUUAGGUAUGUUGCAGCAGUGCAAAAAAAAUGUUAUAUGGUUUGAUUUAAUAAAAGCUGUGUGUCUUGUAUGUGAAGAUAGUUAAUACAUUCAGUGCCAAUUAGCUGGGGAUUUACAUUUC